AUGACCACUGCUGCCAAAAUCAACCAGCCGGCCGUGGCGUUGGCCAUCGGUACGGUGCUGAAAUACAUCGACGAGGACAGCGAGCGCGAGGGUUUGUGGAACACUCCCGACCGGGUGGCUGAGAUGUACGGCGAGUUGUUCGCCGGCGUAGGCCGUGAUCCGGCGGAUGAAAUCGACGCCAUUUUCUCCGAGGACGUUACGCCCGACCCGGUAAUCGUUCGAGACAUACCGUUCUACUCGAUGUGCGAGCACCACCUAUUGCCCUUCUUUGGCCACGCUCGCCUCGUGUACGUGCCCCACCGCCACAUCGCGGGCAUAAGCAAAAUUGCCCGGGCGCUGGACGUGGCUGCGCGGCGGUUGCAGGUGCAGGAACGGCUCACCGCACAACUGGCCGACGCCGUGCUGGGGCGGGUGCAACCCUUGGCCGUGGCGUGUCGCCUGGAGGCCGAGCAUCUUUGUAUGUCCAUGCGGGGCGUGCGGAAACCCGGUCACCGCGUCAUCACAACCGCUGCCCGCAUGAAUACGGCGGCCGAAACUGCGGAUUGCGCAGCUGCCUACUCACGUCGCGACUUGCUCGAUAUGCUGGCGGUCUGA